UAAAAGCAGGGCAGUGUUGCUUCACCCUCAUUUCGAACACGUCGGUUAGUCCACACGCUUUGCAAAUACAAAAUGUCGCGAAAAGUAAAUGGAGAGUGGACUCACACAAUGUGUGUGGCUCGUGAGCUGGCGAAGCUUGGUGAUGAGUUCAACGAAUGCUUCGCAGGGUGCAGUGUUCUGCCAGUGACACACAUUAGGAGUUUCACCCAGUGGACAUCGGUGAGAAGAAGAAGGAACAACAUAGGAACUGAAGAGAGACAGUUA